CCUUGGUUUCAUGUUACAAGAAGUACCAAAGUGGUUCAGAAAAAGUACAUUAAGGCGUGAGAUGUACAAGAUGCUGUUUGAGACCAUGAAUACUGGUGAAGAAAGGCAUGGCAUACCUCUUCCAUUUCUAACCCUUUCCACAACACGAUGGCUAGUCAGAGGAAAAGUGCUAUUCAACAUUUUAGUUAACUGGAUGGAAUUGAAAGCUUACUUUCAUUGUGCCAGCAUCCAUGGAGCACAAGAUGUAAGGUACAAGGCUCGUCUUUUGUGGGAAAUGUUUUGCGACGACUCCAACUACUUGUACUUUGUCUUCAGUUCACCCUUGGUUACAGAAUUUGAAAGAGUGAAUGCACUCUUCCAGUCUAACAAUGCCAGUCCAUCCUCUUUGCUUCUUGAAUUGGAUAUACAUUAUAAAUCUCUUCACAACAGAAUCUACAGUGAGCAAGGCACGUUACUACCACUGAAUAAAACUGAUUUUGGAGCCAAAUUUUCCAUGGAAUGCAACAGACUUCUUUCCAGCAAAAAUAUGGCCUCUCGUCUGGAAAGCAUACAACAACGGUGCCAGGAAAUGCUUGUUGAACUUGUGUCUCAAGUCAAGAUGAGGCUACCAGAGAAUAGAGGACUGUUUGACAAAUUAAGCAAGUUAUCCCCACAUAAUGUCCUUACCCAGCUAAACAGACCAAAAUUCAAUGAACUUCCAUUUCCUCACCUCCAAGAAUCUCUUGAACUUUGUGAAGAACAAUACAGAAAAAUUCUUUAUCAUCCCUGGAAUAAUGAAGAGGUCUUCAGCUCUGGAAUCCCAGAAGAUCCAGUUAACUUUUGGGCUUCAAUAAAGAAAUAUGAAGAAGGUGGUAGAAAGCCAUAUGAAGCUCUGGCCAGAUAUGCUUUGGCAGCAUUGACAACGCCAGUGAGCAACGCACUUGUUGAGAGGAUUUUUUCCCAUGUUAAUGCUGUGAAGACAAAAGUGCGAAAUCGAAUGAAACAUAAGAUGUUGGAGGCUAUUUUGAGGAUACGCACAACCUUGAUUAUGUCUGGAAAAUGUUGUAAAGAUCUAAUAAUUACUGAAAGCAUGUUAGAGAAAUUCAAUGUUGGUAUGUAUGAACAUACAAGAAGUCAAGAUUGUCAGAGUAGUAAGGAUGAUGGCCUUAAUGCUCUGUACGAAUAACUCCCAACUCUUGCCUCUGGAUCCACUCACCAGCUGAUCUGUCCCAUGGCAUCUCUCACAAUCAGCUUCAUCCAGUACAGCAGCCCUGAAGCUCCCACUGACCACCAUUUUGUCCACUGUGGGUUGGACCAAUGAAUCGACUUUUGCAAAAUAUUACAGGAGACCUUUAAACAAACAUUGUCAGUUUACAAAAGCAGUGUUGUCUUAAGUUCUUGGUUUUGUCAGGUUUAUCUACUUUGUUGUGUGUAUAAGAUUAUGCACUGUUCCAAACAAAUGUAUUUCAGUUUUUCUGUUCUUGAGUUACUUGAUUAAAGCAAAUCUUUGGGAAU